CCGGGAGCGAAGCGGCGGCGGGCCGGGUCACGUGCCGGGGGUGUUUGUGUGCGUGUUUAGUGCAGUGUGGACUGAGGAGCAGGUUUCUACCUUGUAAAUACUGUUAUUUGUAUAUACUGUAAAUGAUGACAUCGGUGGGCACCAGUCGAGCUCGAGGCAACUGGGAUCAGACACAGACACAGAAUCAGACACAGCAGAAACAGCGGCCACAGGCCACAGCAGAGCAGAUACGAAUUGCACAAAUGAUUUCAGACCACAAUGAUGCUGACUUUGAAGAGAAAGUAAAGCAGCUGAUUGACAUCACAGGCAAAAACCAGGAUGAGUGCAUGAUUGCUCUGCACGAUUGCAACGGUGACCUCAACAGGGCCAUCAAUGUACUCCUGGAAGGAAACCCAGACACGGAUUCUUGGGAGAUGGUGGGGAAGAAAAAGAGCUUAGCAGGACAGAAAGAAGCCGGUCAGGCGGAAGGAAACGAAGAAGGCAAAGAAGUUCGUGACCGAGACCGAGAGUUCAGCCGAAGGCGGGUUGGUGGAAGUCGGAGAGGACGGGGUGCAAGCCGAGGCAGAGAGUUUCGGGGCCAGGAGAAUGGGCUGGACGGAGCAAAGAGCAGUGGGACCUUUGGCAGAACCUCGGAGAGAGGAAGGCGAGGACGGGGCAGAGGCAGAGGUUUGGGCCGAAGAGGAAGGUUUUCUGCCCAAGGAAUGGGGACGUUCAAUCCCGCUGAUUACACUGACCCCGCCAACACGGAUGAGUACUACGGCAAUGCUAAUCCAACGUGGAACAACUCCGGCAGCUUCGAGCCGGAUGACGGAACAAGGCUCCAAUUCACUGGGGGCGCCGGGGCAAAUUGUCCUAGAAAGUUUGAAACUGUGCCUGGUGCUUGGCGGACUGCGACAGAGGAGUGGGGUACGGAUGACUGGAGUGAAGAUUCAACUCCAGGCACCACCUUCCUGAGUCCUGAUGACAAAGGGAUCUUUCCCAAAGCAGUCAAUGGCUGCUAUCAGCUGUCCGAGACAAAGAUUUUUACCGCUUCCAAUGUUGGGCCAUUACCUUCAGCCAAUGAGACUGUGACAAUCACAGCGGGGCAGAGGAUUGACCUGGCAGUAUUGCUGGGCAAGCAGCCUUCCUCAUCGGAGAAUGAGCCAGCUCCCUUGGACAACUCUGCCUCGCCAACACUCUCCCAGCCGCUGGUGUUCAACAAUUCGAAGCAGCACCCCGUGCCUCAGCCGUCUCCCCCCACCACCUUCCCUCAGCAUAACAUGGUCAGCAUGCUGAGUAAGAACUUUGGCGACGUCGGUGAGCCCAAGGGCGGCAGCAGUGCCGGCUCCCAGCUUCUGGAGCAGCUGAAGACCGCCCAAGCCCUGGCGCAGCUGGCGGCCCAGCACACGCAGCCCACCAGUAACGCCGCCACCUCCUGGGAUAUGGGGCCCACUUCUCAGUCCUCGGUGCUUGGUCACUUUGAGUUGAAAAGCCAAACCGAACCUUCAGUUCACGGUCCAUUCGGACAACGCCAGUCCUACUCCAACUCCAGCAUGAUGGAAGUCUUCAUCCCCACAAAGCAGCCGACGGCACCUUCAAACUCGCCGCUGCCAAACAAACCCGGCGCCACCCAGGUCUCUCCUGGUUCCUCGGAGAACCAGUCCUCCAGUCCCCAACCUGCACAGCAGAAGUUGAAGCCACAGAAGAAGAAAGCUUCCAUUUCUUCCAAGAUCCCAUCUUCUGCCGUGGAGAUGCCCGCCUCAGCCGACAUCGCAGGGUUAAACCUGCAGUUCGGGGCUUUGCAAUUUGGUUCUGAGCCCAUGUUAUCUGAGUACGAGUCAACCCCAACAACCAGCGUGCCCGUGAGCCAACCCCAGAGCAACCUCUAUACCAGUGCUGUAAGUGAGUCCUCGCCAACGAUCGCCUCCAACCCAAGCCCGGACUCUGGCUACCAGCCCAGCGCGAUCACAACCUCGGCGUUCACAGCCCAGAACAGCGCACCGGGGGCACAGUACGAGCAGAGUUCCGCCCAGCGGGCGCCGUACUCCAACUCCCUGUCCUCCUCGCCUCAGAAAGACCUGACGCAAGCCAAGAACGGCUUCAGCACGAUACAGACAUCGCAGUCCAUCGAAGCUGCAGCUGGUUCUGCAGUGAAGUCCGACUCGUCCGCAGUGCCCAGUAUGGCUUCACUCUCGAAUGCAGUAUCUGCAUCGUCGCUACUAACGUCAAAUAGCCAGCACCCUGCAGCGCUGGCCAGCCUUAGCCACAGCGAGGAGCUCCCAAGCACUACCAACGCACAGCAGAGCAGUACUCCGUCUACUCAACAGAACAGCAACCUCUCCUCUUCCUCAGCACGCACUUCAACAUCGACCCACCUGCACACAAGUGUGGAAAGUGAUGCCAGCCUUCACCCGCCCCCUAGCACUUUCGCUACGGCCGCAAGCACAGUGUCAGUGGCCCCCUCAUCAAGUGUUUCCAACACCCUCGGAGGUGGCAGCAGCCUGGGCCUUAGUUUGGUCAGUAACUCCACAGUGACGGUGUCCUCCCGCAGCUCUGUGGCCACCACGUCAGGAAAGGCGCCUCCAAAUCUUCCCCCAGGAGUUCCGCCCUUGCUACCAAACCCGUACAUUAUGGCUCCUGGUCUCCUGCCUGCCUAUCAGCCUCAGGUGUACGGCUAUGAUGAUUUGCAGAUGCUACAAACAAGAUUUCCCUUGGAUUACUAUGGAAUUCCAUUUGCCACUCCUACUACGCCAAUUACAGGACGGGAAGCGAGUUUGACGAAUAACCCAUACUCUGGAGAUCUCACCAAGUUCGGGCGAGGGGAUGCCUCCUCUCCGGCCCCGGCCACCAGUCUGGCGCAGCCUCAGCAAAACCAAACACAGACCCAUCACACCACCCAGCAGACGUUCCUCAACCCGGCCUUGCCUCCUGGCUACAGCUACACCAGUCUGCCAUACUACGCCGGGAUGCCCGGACUCCCCAACACCUUUCAGUACGGCCCGGCCAUGUUUGCUGUCCCCCCCACCUCGUCUAAGCAGCACGGCGUCAAUGUGAACGUAAAUGCAACAGCAACAGCCUUCCAGCAGGCGAGUGGGUACGGGACGCACGGAUACAGCACCACCGGUGUAUCAGUAACCUCAAGCAACACGGGUGUUCCGGACAUCUCAGGAUCUGUGUACAGCAAAACUCAGCAGUCUUUUGAGAAGCAAGGCUUUCAUGCUGGGACUCCUGCUGCCUCGUUUAACCUGCCCUCGGCCCUGGGGAGUGGGGGCCCUGUGAAUCCGGCCACCGCUGCCGGCUAUCCACCUCCGUUCAUGCACAUCCUGACUCCACACCAGCAGCAGAUGCAUUCACAGAUCCUGCAUCUCCAACAGGACGGCCAGAGCGGUACAGGGCAGCGUACUCAGGCAAGCAGCAUCCAGCAGAAAUCCCAGGCAAACAAAUCGGCCUACAACAGCUCGGGCUACUGGGGUCCUAACUGAGCAGAGCAAGAGGACCCCCACCCCUUCCUGCGGGGCCGUCCGCUACACAUAUCCAGCUUUGGAGAGAGAAAGAAAAAUAAAACCCCAAAACGAAAGAAAAUGGAUAAAAAAAAACACGGAAUUCCCUGGAAUAGAAGCGGUGACAGCUUCCCCCGCCACUGUAUCCGGCCACACUUUAAAAACCAAAACAGCAAGUUUAAAUAGCAAAGUUUGAAACCGGGGAUUUAAAUAAAAGCUCUGCGUUGUGUGUGUGAUGCCCACCUUUACUGUUGUAUGUAAUAUAGAAUUUGUAAUUCCUCCUCCUUUCUGCGUUAAGAUUAAGAGAUGCUUGUUUGUUUUAUCUGCGUCCCUCAUUCUGAUGAAGGAGCUUCAUUACCCUAGUGCAAAUUUUUUUUUUGAUUUAAUUCCCAGACACCACCCACACCUUCGCCUUUCUCCCCAACCCUU